UCAAGCUGACCAGCCAUGAAAGUCAUGGCUUCAUCUUUGGGAAGACAAAGUUGGCUCCCCAGCCUGGACACACAAUUCCAAGACUUGAACUGUGUGCGGCUGUGCUCGCAGUAGAGAUUGCUGAGUUGAUAGUUCAUCACAAAGAUAUUCCCAGGAAGGGAUGGAGUGGUUCGUAAGAUCGAGGUAGAGAUCUCCAAGGACGAAACCAAGAGGACCUUUUCUCGUCCUGUUACAGAAGUGGUGCUGCUUCGGUCUCCAGAGACUGAUUCUUGUUAAUUGAUGGGGGGUUUAAAGACCCCAGGCGGGGAGUGUUCUGCCCUUAAUAUAUAAUGGCAUAUGUGUCCACUGGACUGUGUUUGGGCGGCACCUAGUGGUGGUUAAGUAGCACUACCGCAUGAUCUUCAAUUGCGGUUGCUGCCAGUCCAUGCUUGUUUAAUCCUAAGUGUAGUUCAUGUCUAAACUAGGUUGUUUUAUUAAUGGACGUUCUGCUCUGCAGAACUUGUUCUUUAUAUUUCCUGCUGGCUCACGCAUCGUCUUUUCACCAAUUCAUUAAACUUCAGUAAAGAUGACAUCUGUGCCGGAGUUUCUUUGAAAGCGUUUAACUGGAUGGCUCGGUGCUAGCGAGACCUUCGCAGUUACCUUCUGGGGCUUUGGCCUGUCUGCACUCGUGUGUUUUUCUUUUCUUUUCUCCAAGCCUGCAGCUCUCAAUCGCAAAUCUGUUUCUGCAGCCAUCUAAACCACCUUACUAUUCUACGGGCACAAUUGUUUCUCUGGUGUCGGAAUGUCUCACGAUGUUGAUGAAUUCUUAAAAACAAAACUCCUCAUCAUUUCGAGUUAAAAUGUGUUGUAACUGCGUUACUGAAAAUUGUAACGGGUAUUAUAUUACCCACAUUUCAGAAGUAUUGCGUUAUACUACGUUACAGCAAAAAGUAAUACGUUACUGUAACUCCGUUACUUUUGUAACGCGUUACACCCAACAUUGACAUUCGAUAACCAGCUGUCUCAAUAACAUGAAGAAGCUUGGCGAGUUUUGUUUUUUUUGUGCACCAGUGCUGUUACAUACAAGGACAAGGAAUUACAAGUGAUUUAAAAGGAAUACAGUUUAAUGUUGUUCUGUUUUGUUUUAACUAAUGGAGGAAUGUGUGUUGUCCGCUGGUGAAAGGAGACAGCAGCUUUUUGAGUGAGGUCAGGUGUGUUUAUGAAGAGGAUGCUGCCGCUGGAGAAACUCAUCCCCCGCCUGAUGGUGUUCGACACGGUGUCAGAAGUCACCACCGCUCUUCUUCUUCUUCUUCUAUUGCUGCUCUUCACUGUCUGGAGUCGAACACAUCGCUCACAUAUACCUGGUCCUUUCUUCUUUGCAGGGCUCGGUCCUCUCCUCUCCUACAGCAGAUUCAUCUGGACUGGGAUAGGAACAGCAAGCAACUACUACAACAAAAAAUAUGGCAGCAUGGUCCGAGUCUGGAUUAAUGGCGAGGAGACCCUCAUUCUGAGCAGGUCCUCAGCAGUGUAUCAUGUUCUGAAGAGCGCCCACUACACGGCCAGAUUUGGGAGCAAGAAAGGGCUGGAGUGUGUCGGGAUGGAAGGGAGGGGAAUAAUCUUCAACAGCGAUGUCCUGCUCUGGAGUAAAGUGAGGACUUAUUUUUCUAAAGCUCUGACAGGCCCCGGCCUCCAGAGGACGGUGGGAAUCUGUGUGAGCUCCACUGCCAAACACCUGGACCUCCUACAGGAGAUGACCGAUCCCUCCCAACACGUGGACGCUCUCAAUCUGCUGAGAGCCAUAGUGGUGGAAAUCUCCAACAGGCUUUUCCUCAGGGUGCCACUCAACGAAAAGGACCUGCUGCAGAAAAUCCAAAACUACUUUGAGACCUGGCAAACAGUUCUUAUAAAGCCUGAUAUCUUCUUCAAGAUUGGAUGGCUGUACAACAAGCACAAGACAGCAGCCCAGGAGCUGCAAGAUGUGAUGAAGAGCCUUCUUGAAACGAAAAGGAAGAUUAUAAAUGAGUCUGAAAAGUUGGAUGAAGAUCUUGACUUUGCAACAGAGCUGAUCUUUGCUCAGAAUGUCGGAGAGCUUACGGCGGAUAACGUUAGGCAGUGUGUGCUCGAGAUGGUGAUUGCAGCACCUGACACACUUUCCAUCAGCCUCUUCUUCAUGCUGAUGCUGCUGAAACAAAACCCAGACGUGGAGCUGAGGAUAGUGGAGGAGAUGAACACUAUUAUAAGUGAGAAAGAUGAAAACAUUGAUUAUCAAAGCAUGAAAGUGUUGGAGAGUUUCAUCAAUGAGUCUUUGAGGUUUCACCCAGUGGUUGACUUCACCAUGAGAAAAGCUCUGGAAGAUGACAGCAUCGAUGGCAUUAAAAUUACAAAAGGCACCAACAUCAUUCUCAACAUCGGUCUGAUGCAUAAAUCUGAAUUCUUCCCCAAACCCGAAGAGUUCAGCCUGAUGAACUUUGACAAAACAGUGCCCAGUCGCUUCUUCCAGCUCGGCUGCGGGCCUCGCUCCUGCGUGGGCAAACACAUCGCCAUGGUGAUGAUGAAGGCCAUCCUGGUGACCUUGUUGUCUCGAUACACCGUGUGUCCUCGGCAAGGCUGCACCCUCGACAGCAUCAGGCAGACCAACAACCUGUCGCAGCAGCCGGUGGAGGACGAGCACAGCCUGGCCAUGCGCUUCAUCCCUCGGACAGCAUGAACUCACACAGGCGGCACUGAGGCGCAUGCAGGGGUUAUUUGGGGGGAACAACUAAAAUAUGGAAAAGUUUGAAGCAUAACAAAAUAUUUCUUAGUCAAAAUGUUAUAAUCUGUCAUUUCAAAGUUUGUACUAAGUUUGUGAAGUCACAUCAGAUGUUUGUUCUUCUUUGACUUUAAUGACGUUGAAGGUUAUACAGAGCAGAGAAGGUUUGCUUUUCCAGGCCUUGGGAUGCAGAGUAAUAAAAACAGGAUGGACAGGAUGGACAGGAUGAUAUUAAGCAGUUUUAAAGUAAAUAAAAUGUGAUGUGUUGCCAACUUGCUUUUGUGUAAUUUGCUUUUCACACUAAUCCUUGUUCCAACCUGUCCUUAAAAUAUCUGUUGAUGUGUUUUGUAUCCAUUUGUGUUUUCUAUGGAAGCCCAGAGAUGCUGGUGAUCCAUUUUCAAAAUACCCCCCCAUUGUCUCGGUUUUCUCUGCUGUUUAUUACUGAAGCAUGGGCAAAAGAAAGGUUUGCAGAUUUCUUAAAAAAUGUUCGAUCUUUGAAAUAGGAGAGCAAAACUAAUGGCCAAGAUAAUCUCUUGAGAUCAUGGGGAAAUCAAAAGACAUCUGGACAAAAUCUGGAUUGUUUAGAAUGUUAUUUAGAAUUAAGGGAGAGGUGCACUUCAGCCUCUUGUGGCAGAGAGAUCAGGCUUCGGAAAUUUAAAAUGGAUGUUUUUUUUCUCACUUGCCUCUCAGGGCUGCUGUAGUUCCCUUUAGCAAAGGGGGUAACUGUUUUAAACACUUUUGACGUUUAAAUAUACAUGUUGAAGUCUACAGAAUACAAUAGUUUCUGUGUAUAGUUAAAGUAUGGUGUAUCGAGUACAUUUAGAUGCAAAUGUUAGAGUAUGUAAAAUAUUAAGUGUAUAUAUUCAUUAUUAUGAUGAGGUGAAAAACCAUAACCUCUAUCUUCUCUAUCUGAAAAAAUGAGAGUCGGAGAUCAUUUCUUUUAUGCUCUCAAUGAAUAUAAACGUAAACUGAAACAAA